UCCAGCAAGAGGGCCCUUGACCUGCAGCUGUGCGUGGUCAGGCGUGAGAUGGAGUGCGUGAGGAUGGAAAGAAAGAGAUUGUGUACAGAGCUGGAAAAUGAGUGUGCUUGCCGGCUGCUGCUCAGGUCCAGGUGUGUGCAGCAGCAUUGUGUUCUCAGGGAGGCUCUGGCCUUGCUGCAGUUGUCUCGUGGGGAGAUGACAACCUUCAAGAGCCAGUUAACUCACUUCCUUGAGAACUGGGAUAACAGCAAAGCACUGAUACAGCAAAGUUGCAUCAAUGCUGACGCAGAGCAUGCUCGCCUGCAACAGGUUGUGGGCGGGCUGGAGGCGGAGUUGAUGAGGCUGCAGGGGGAUGUGCCAAACUUGAGAGCGUGUCUGGAUGCAACAAGAGAACAGAUGCUGCAGCUGAAGAACCAGGUCCAGACCCAGAAGCUACUGCAGAACCAAAACCAGGAAGCCCAUUCUCUAAUACAGGGCCUAAAGGAAGAGAUGAAGACUCUUAAAAUAGAUCUCCAGAAAAGCCUGCAUGAAAGAGAGAAUGUAAAGAAACUUCUAAAGACAAAGUCCACGGAGAUGGAGGAACUGCGAGGUUUGUGGAGCCAACAGAGCGACGAACAGAAGGCCACCAUUCAGAGGCUGUCCCAAGACCAGAGGGAGAAGGAGGAGAGUUGGUUGUCAUGUCAACAGCGAUGUGAGUCCCUGCAGGAGCAGCUGUUGGCAUGGCAACAGAAAGAUGAGGAGGUGACCCGGAGACUGGAACGGGCAGAGGGCGAGAUGAAGGACCUGAGAGCAGCCCAAACCACUUUACAGCAGGAGAGAGAGGAUUUGAGGAAGACUCAUGUGGGAGAAAUGGAGAGAUUGGAGGAAACCUUCAGAAUAAGGCUAAAGGCUGCACAGGAGCAAAGCUCAAAGUUGGAGGCCUGUCUCCAGCAGCAACAGGCUGAACAGGAGAAUCAGCUGAUGCUGAAAGAGAUCGAGUUAAGGAGAGAAACAGAUUUAGAAUUGGACAUUCAAAGGCAGAAAAACCAGGAGCUGCUUGACAAAUACCAGACUGAAAACAAGCAACUACAAAAGAAGAUUCCUGCUCUGGUGCGUUCAGCCACACAGGAGCUCCAUGAGGAGUUGGCGGAGCUGCAGAUGCGCAUUAAACAGCAGAACAAGGAAAUGCAGAAUAUCCACGAGAGCGCCUCCCAGAGGGAGCAGCAGUUACUGCAGGAGCGGAGGACAGGAGAGGCACAGCUGCAGUCUGCCCUGCAGGAUCUGCAGCAGAGGACACAGCAGCUGAACCAGGCUCAGAGAAACAUACAGCAGCUCAGAAAAGAGAGACACACACUAGAGGAAAAGAAGUCUCUUCUUGAAGAAACAGUAAUGCGUGAGUGUGAGGAGAGGGAAGAACUGACCUCAGCACUGACCCUGGCCAGAGAACAGCUGCUGGAACUCAAACAGUCCACCACAAAAGCCUGCGACACCCAGACCCACACCCCACUGUCCAGAUCUAAAGCCAUGCACCCUGACCUUCCCAACCCCAAGCUCCAUACUCACACACGCAAUCAUGGCAGCCCGUCCACUCAGGGCAGCAGACAUAAGUGUUUGGCUGAGUGGCAUUCUGGCAGUGUGGGAAGAAAUGUGGCAUCCUGGCAUGGAACAACACGGUCUGCACACACUCUGCCCAAAAUCAGCAAAGACAGAAUGCCUUCAGUGAACGAGUCAUGCAAAAGCAUCCCCAUGCUGAUGGGCAGAAAGGACAAACUCUGAUCCUCCCUAUAAAGACCCCUAGAUUGUAAAUACAGUAGACUUCUAGAGCAUGUUACAAUAUGCACGUUACAAUACAAAUGCUCUGUCAUCCAUUCAUAGGAUCAAGAGAAGAGAGAAAUUCCAAGCCACCCACGGAUCCAAACACUAGCCCUCCCAAACCUCUCCUGAUACACCAAGCCACCCUUUCACAAGGUCUUUUACACACACCAACAUUUUGCUCAUAAAGCUAUAACUGGCACACAGCAACCACUUUAAAGGUCAGUCUCACAUAUACUUGACCACAUCCUCUAACACGUUUGAUCCACCUCACACAUGGAUACACACACCACACUUUUUGCAAGGUCUACCAUACACACGCACCGUCCCAUUCCUCUCUCCAGAGUGAUUCCUGCUUUAUUUAUCUCAUGUGAUUGACAUUGGUCUCUUUGUACACAAGGUCUUUCCAUACUCUCUAUUUCAAUCUCUCCUCUGAUGAUGAAUUAGCAGGAGAGCGUGUGUGGUAUUGAAGUAAUUUCCUAACUCAGCAAAGUGGCACAAAUGGAAAGAUUUGUACAGUCUGGCAUUACUUCCUCCUUUUAUCUCUUUCUUUCUUUCCGUCAGUGUUUUGGGAAGAAAAAAAACUCAUUUAAUUAAUUGUGUUUAAUCAAAUUUAGUCUUGCAUUAUUUUGACUUUGAUGGACAGAAUUGUUUUAAUUGGAUUAAAAAUAUCUCAAACUAUGACCCUGUUUUCACCUAGUAUUAAAAUGUGUCUCGGGUGAGCCGAUCACAUGUGGUCAGGCGAAACACAUCCUUGUUUACACCUAGUCGCUUAAAUGCGUCUCCUGUGACCACUUGUGAUCAGAUUUGGGAGGGGAGGUGGGGGGCUCUGCUUCAUGACGACAUACAUCAAUAACUUUGUCAUGAACAAGUUUGUUCAUUCCCACCUCCCCGUUAUUACUUCAUGAAGUUAGCACACGCUCCCUUUCAGAUGUGCUCUUGACCUUUGACCCAGAGGCUUUUAUCCUUGACUGAGCUGUGUGCCCUGCGAUCUCCUUCCACACUUCCUGCCAAUGUGACCCCUCCAUCUCUUCCUCUGUGCUUUGAAGUGGGAAAGUCUUUCAAGUAGUGCCAAACAGAGUAUCCCUUCUCUUAGUUCUUGUGUGAACUCAGCACAACAACAGCACAGCAUUUUUCCAUGCCUUGAGCCUUCAUUUAUGGUAGAAAUAACACCUUUUCUGCCUGGCCUGGUCAGAGAUGAAAAGGCUCCUAUACUGUGUCCUCACUAUGAAAGAGUUGCUGUUUGUGUUCACUUUUUUAAGCUUAGAAAAUGCUAACGCAAGUGGAUCAGAUGGAUCUUAUUAACAUCUCAUCCAAAUGAUUAAAUUGUCCAAUUUGUCAAACAUGUAAAUUCUCAUCCUUGUGGUAGCUGUAUUCCCCAUCUUGCAGCUUGAUAGCAAAUUACUUUUUAAAAGCAUACAAAAGGCAUAAAAUUGUAUGUUUGAGGUAUGACUGUGUGAAUUUUUUGUUCUAGAACAAAGCAGGAAAGGGUCUUAAAGUAAUGUUAAUUGCAGACCUUAUUUUACACAUAAAUCAGAAACCGCUGUUCUAAUUAACAACUGAAAAUUCCAGAGGGAACGCAUAGUGAAUUAGCCUUCUGGGUUAGCCUACAAAUUCCCUAAAGCGGCUGCAAAACUAACCGAUAAGUGAUUGGUGGUAAGAACUUUAAAAAAAAAAAAAUUUAAAAUCACUGUCAUAAAAGUAAUCCAUAUGACAGCAGUGGUUAAAUCCAUGUCAUCAGAAGUGAUAUAAGUGUGGGUGAG